GGGCAGCAGGGCGGCGCCGGCCCCAGGGCGCCGUCCAGGACGUCCAGGGCGUCCCGCCACAACAACGCCAGCCACAACCACGGCUACGACGACUCGAGCGACAUCUACGUGACGAGCGCGGCCUACCGGGCCCCGUCCGAGUUUAGCCGAGGAUCACGAGGUCCGCCGGGUCCCCCCAGCCACUACUCGUACCGAUCGCGGCCGCCGUCGGAGGUGUCGACGGUGCGGACCAAGACGGGCCGCAAGGCCGGCGUCGUGGUCGAGACCAUGUCCGCGCCCAACCCCUUCUGUCCCAACACCAAGGGCGUCUGCUGCCUGCUCCUGCUGCUCAAUCUGGGGCUCAUUCUCGUCACCCUGGGCUUCGUCAUCGUCAUCCAGUUCUUCGAACCCUUCUUUGUGUGGAUCUUGGGCAUCGUGUUCCUGGUGUUCGGCUUCCUCACGCUCAUCGGCAGCAUGGUGUACUGCGUGCACGUGUGCCGAGACGCCAAGACGCCGCAAGAGGUGGCCGCAGAGCCGCACUACUGGACGCACCACUGGCAGAAGAACUUCAGCACGCCCGAGAUCCGCUACAAGUCGGAGGAGAAGUACCCCGACGACCGCUUCAGCGACCGCUACUCUGUCAGCAAGUACUCUGAGAAGUACUCGGACCGGGGAGGGCACCGCGACCGCUACUGAGUGCGGGCGCCUCGUUUGUUGACACACGACGAGCGGUUCCUUUGAGGCGGGAGUGACAGUGACACCGCCGGGUGACGGGGGGACAUCCCAUCCCCGCACGGCGCGCUGUUACCACAACGGCCUCUUUUCGAAGGCAGCAGCAAAAGUUUUUCUCUUGGCUGUGUUGUUUGUUACACGCCCAUCUCUGUCUCACCCCAAAGAGGCAACCGAGGUGGACAAACUUGUACUGAAAAUGCUAACUUGAAGAGAUUGCAUUAACUACUGGAUUCAGUGACUUAAUAGUUCAGAGGUACCCAUGAGGUAAACUCUUUGAGACUGUCAACAAGUUACCAUUUAUCAAGGUGAAUAUUCCAAAGUUGUGUGCAAUGCUGUGAUCAAUGAGCUGUUUCUCAGUCUUGUGCUAUUGAUAGCCACUUAUUUUAAUACUUUGAUGUUAUCGUGGAACUGGUGCUAUUAGAAAUUAUGAAAUUUUCUGUCUGAAACUGUGAAGUUUCAAGGUGCUAUUUUUAAAAAUCUGAAACAGUUUUUGCUAGCAACAAUGACAAGAGCGUAAUAAAAUGAUUCUGUUUGAAAGGUAGUGUGCUGUCUUUGUUUGGUUGCCUGUUAGUCUUGAUCGGAGCUUAGUGGGUUUUAAAAUUAACAUACUAAAUGGUUACUGGGGUAAAGUUUUUACAAAGCACCGGUUGAAACCGACAGAACUACUGAAUGGGUACCAGCAUUUCUCUUUGAAAAACCUUGCCAGUCAAAAUCAGUUGUAAUGUAUGUGACUUACAAAAAUCAAUUUAUAAACUUAUAUUUGUCAAUAUAAAUCUAUAGUAUUUGUUUUUAAAUACUAUUUAGUUGGGAGUGUAAAUAAGACUUGCUGAAAACCAAUUUAAUGAAGGUCUGACUGCCCAUAAUGAGAUUGGUUUCCCAAUCUCAUAAAUCAAUGGAUUAAUUCAAACAAAUUUUAUUUGUUUCUUAUGUUUUUAUUUUUUUAUACUCUAAGACUCGAUAUGUGUGUUGUGUGUGUUUUGUGUGUACCAUAAACCACUGUUAAAAUGUUGAAAAAUUAAAUAAAAGUUUCUAAUUUGUAUUUAUA